GGAGCGGGAGUCGAAGGGGUGUGUCUGAAGUGGGGGCCGCUAAGUCCUAGAAGGUGGCAAUUUUCCUGGGCCCGCGGCGCGCGGCGCAGGUGGAGAGGCCGGCUGGCCCGGACUUUGGCCUCGGGCUUCGGGAAAUGGCGGCUGGGGGCAGAAUGGAGGACGGCUCCUUGGAUCUCACCCAAAGUAUUGAAGAUGACCCCCUUCUGGACACCCAGCAUCUCCCACAUCAUUCAUUACAUGCUCAUUUUAGACCCAGAUUCCAUCCUCUUCCUACGGUCAUCAUAGCAAAUCUGCUCUUGUUAAUACAUGUUGUGUUUGUCAUUUUGGCGUUUUUAACAGGUGUACUUUGUUCUUACCCGAAUCCAAUUGAGGACAAGUGCCCAGGAAACUAUACCAACCCAUUGAAAGUUCAGACAGUCAUAAUCCUUGGGAAAGUUAUUUUGUGGAUUCUGCACUUCCUUCUUGAGCGCUACAUCCAGUAUCACCACAACAAAGUAAGAAACCGAGGCUAUAACAUGAUCUACCUGUCGACAAGGCAUCUUAAAGGACUUGCCCUGAUGAUCCACUCCACUGGCAACACGGCUCUUCUCCUCGUGCUGUGCGUGCAGCACUCCUUCCCGGAGCCCAGCAGGUUGUAUCUUGACCUCAUCCUGGCCAUCCUGGCCCUGGAACUCAUCUGCUCCCUGACAUGUCUGCUUACUUACACAGUGAAAAUUCGAAACUUUAAUAAAGCCAAGCCACAGCCUGAUGUACUUGAAGAAGAAAAAAUCUAUGCUUACCCCAGCAAUAUAACCUCGGAGACUGGAUUCAGGACUAUUUCAAGCCUAGAAGACAUCGUUGAAAAACAAGGAGACAUAAUAGCGUACCUGAAGCGACACAAUGCCCUGUUGAGUAAACGGUUGUUGACUUUCACUUCCUCCGAGCUAGACUCUCCACCUAGUAGAAUGUGAGAGACUCAAGGCCAAGACAGCAGGUGCAGAGGACUCCAGAGUAACAUAAGACUGACUGACAAGCUGUCCUGGGGAAUUGCAGCUUUUGCCAGAUAACAUUUGACAAUUUUUGUUGGAAACUUGAAUUUCAUUUUCACCUGUGUGGCUGUUCAAUAUGUGGGACUUGCGGGUCACUUGAAAGGUACUUCAUCGGUAACUCAAGGAGGUCUGUUUUUGCACAUUUUAUAGUUGUUUAACUGCCUGGUUUAUCAUAGGAUCAAAAGUAUAAUUUAAACACCUCCUCACUCAAUGCUUGUACCACAUGACAUUAGAACCCUGUAAUAAUUUGGUUAUUUAUAUAGAGAAAGUCUGACUCGAUAAUCUAUUUUAAACAGGGUUUUGAUCAAAUAAGUUCUUUCCAUUCUCAAACUGAUGAGAGAAGUCAUUGUUUCUGGUGGUUUAUGUUUUUUCCCCCUUCAGAGCUUUGUCAUGUACUUGACAUGCUCAUGUGGUUUGGGAUUACAGCAUGACCUGUGCUGCAGCUUUUAUGAAGCAUUUCCUCACUGUAGGACCCAGAUCUCACUAGGUGAUUUCCUAUGCAAACUCCUACAGUUUUCCAUUCUCCAGAAAUAAGAUACUGAGUUUACAUGGACCAGUGUUAGACUGACCAGUGUUGCUUGUUACAUCGGCAGUACUUUUCAUUAGCAACGACUGAAAUACUUAAGAGAAAACUUGAGAACUUUCCCUUUAUUUUUUUUAUUUUAUUUAUUUAUUGAGAGAGGUGGGGGACAUGCACAGGACAGGCAGAGAGAGAGAGAGAGAGAGAGAGAGAGAGAGAGAGAAUCCUAAGUAGGCUCCACACUGUCAGCACAGAGCCCAACAUGGGGCUCGAACUCACGAACUGAGAUUAUGACGUGAGCCAAAAUUAGAGGAGUCAGACUCUCAAUCAACUGAGCCAUUCAGGCGCCCCCCAUCUUUAUUUUUACCCUUCUUCAAGAAGUUGCCAUAGAUUUCAGUAUUGACUGUGCCUUGACUAGAUCAAGAAAGAUAUGUUCUGUGACUUUAAUUUGGUCUAAAAAGGGAAAAAGGACCUUUUUUAGUCUUGGAUUAUACUUUUUUUUUUUUAGGUUUUAUUUAUUUAAUUAAUCUCUGUACCCAGUGUGGGGCUUGAACUCACGACCCCGAGAUCAAAAGGCUCCGACUGAGCCAGCAAGGUGCCCCUUGGAUUAUGCUUUUAAAUUAUAGGAAUAAAAUGUCAUAUAAACUUAUAUAGAUAUUAAACAUUAUCUCAUUCUCCAGGGAAAAUGAAGCACUUUAUGAGUAAAGGGCAUUAUUUCCCCAGUUUUCCUAGUUUGCCCUUUUAAUUUAUCCAUUUGCUAUUAGCACCUUUAUAUACUGCCCUAGAAAGCUGAAUAUGAGGAGAGGGGAUAUUGUGAUUAUGUAUGUUAGUCACUAGCUGAAUAAUAUUUCAUUUGAAAACCCUUAAAUAUUAAAUAUUUCAUUUGAAAACCCAUCCAGGUACUUAUGGAGGCCAAACACCAAGCUUCCCUUAGAUAUAGCGGUUACUGGACCAUUCUAAAUUUUUUUUUUUUUUUUACCAAGGUAAAGGUGAUGGUAUAUCCCCUGUAGGCAAUACCCUUGAAUCCCCAAAUGACAACAUCUACAAACUAAAGCCGAAAUUAUAUUUUUAAGAUUUAGAUUGUAUCCAAGUUUCCCGACUUCUCUCUCCCUCCUCCCCCUCCCCCCUUCCUCCUCCUCCUCCUCCUUCUUCUUUUUCUUUCCUUCCUUUUUAAUAAGUCUAUCUCAAAGUCAUUGCCUUCUCUGGAAAUCUGUCUCUGUGUUCUGGCAGAAGCCAUAAACUGCCUCUGUUGGUUUGCAGCCUCCUUGGGAGCUUCCUGGGUAUAAUCUGAAACUGGCCCCACAUAGAGGACAGAGAGCAACCAGAGAGAGGCAGAGCACUCCAGAUUGGCAGGUAGGAGGUUUAAUGAACAAGGGAACUUGUGUACAAGGCUUGUCUUGAGAGGCGGGCUGUCAGGUAAACAGAUCUCUGCAUCCACCCACCAGAAUCUUAAGUUUAUAAAGAGGCCUUAAUUGGCCUCAUAUACCAUCCGGAGGUCUCAACAGCACGUUAUUCUCCCAAAGCUGUGUCCUCGGAACAGCUCCCACUGUGAGACGGUGGGCAGAACGUCUAUUCCAAGGACAGGGGAGGGGUGAGCAGCCUCCGAUUGUCCAAGUCCAGCUAAUGGGUCAGUUGGCAAUCAUGUCCAACAGCCUUCAGCUAUUUUCCUUUUCAAAAGGAAAACACCAGUGGUAGACGAUUCUUAUUUAAAUUCAUUUGGAUCUAUAGUCAGUUUCUAAGGUGUAUAGGAUGAACUUUGGUUUACAGAGAAAGAUACAGUUAAAAAGUUAGGAUGCUCAGAUUCUGAUGUGAUGUCUAUGUAACCGCAAAGACUUCUCUAAACUCAAUCAUGAACGUACCAAACAAUGAGCAAAAAUGAGAUGAAGUAUCGGAACUAGGAAAACAGGAUAAUGAACAAAGCACUUUAAAUGUUAAGCAUUCUAUUCACCAGGCAGGUGGUGUGGUGGCACAGCAGACACAAAACUUAAGGAGACCCUGGUUUGUAAGGAGGAAGAGGACUAGGAUUUCUAGGCUCUGUGCUAAGUGAAAUAAUGGCUAUAAGUCCGAGGAACUAUCGGAACUUCAGGCCAGGGCACCCUGGCAGGGAAGGGGCUGUAGGAAUUCCAGGCAAAUGAAUGAGUAAAGGAGCAAGGCAAACAGCUGCAGAGAUCACAAGCGCUGUGCACUUGAGUGUGAAGCACGACAUGGGAGGAGAGGCGGACAUUAUCAGAUCUGGGAGAGUACCUUCUUGUUCUCUGUGCUGAGCGGCCCGCCCUGGAAUGGGAUCCGAUGAAGAGUCUCAAGCAAGGAAGUGACAGAGUCCGUUUUAUUUUCAAGAGCAUCAGAUUGUAGUACAAGGUGGAGAAAAAGUAGAUGGCAGAAAGAUUUGGCCCUGAACUAGGGCAGGUAUAGUAGCAUUCUAUUGAAAGUACAUAUGUAUAUAUAUGUGUAACAUAGAUGUCUGUAAUUUGGGGAUUUUAUUUCAGAGGACAAUAGCAUCAUGACUUAUAUGUUAAAAGCUCAUUUUUUAAAAGAGCACUAUCGAAAACUAUAAGGAAAAAAAGAUCUGAAAUCCCACUGCUAAGGAAUUGUACCAGUUUAUACUGCUUGUUGUCCCAUACUUUCACUACCUGUGGGUGUUUUCCAUCUAUAUUUAAU